GCCUCCUCUGCCCCGUGAGUCCCGGGAGCCCCGGCAGUCCCAGGCCCGGUGGGGUUUGGCGCCGACCCUCCCUCCCUCCCUGCCGGGCGCCAUGGCCAUGAGGGAGCUGGUAGAACCGGAGUGCGGGGGCUCCAACCCCCUCAUGAAGCUGGCCGGCCACUUCACUCAGGACAAAGCCUUACGGCAGGAGGGACUUCAGGGCCCGCUGGCCUGGCCCCCCGGGGCUCCCGGAGCUGCAGCCGCAUCCAAACCACUGGGAGUGGCCACCGAAGAUGAGCUGGUUGGAGAGUUCCUGCAAGAGCAGAAUGCCCCUCUACUGUCCCGUGCGCCCCAGACCUUUAAGAUGGAUGACUUAUUGGCUGAGAUGCAAGAGAUUGAACAGUCAAGCUUCCGACAGGCCCCUCAGCGAGCUCCAGGUGUGGCAGCCCUGGCACUGUCUGAAAACUGGAGCCAGGAAUUCUUGGCUGCAGCAGAUAGCACUGGCGAUGCCUCUUCGGAUUACAAUGAGGCUGACUGGUCACAGGAAUUUAUUGCUGAAGUGACAGAUCCACUAUCUGUGUCUCCUGCCAAGUGGGCAGAAGAAUACCUAGAGCAGUCAGAGGAGAAACUGUGGCUUGGGGAAUCGGAAGACCAGUCUUUGGCAGAUAAAUGGUAUGAGGAAUAUCAACCUGAGGAUGAUCUUAAGAAAACUGUUAGUGAUUUCCUCUCUAAAGUGGAUGAUCCAAAACUCAAGAAUUCUGAGUUCCUAAAGUUUGUCCGCCAGAUCGGAGAUGGGAGGGUAUCGAUCGAAGCUAAUCAGGUGACCCACAGAGACCAAGAUCAGGCAGAGCAAUGGGCAGCUGAGUUUAUACAGCAGCAGGGGGCAUCCGAUGCCUGGGUGGAUCAAUUUGCGCGCUCUGGAAACAUGUCAACUCUUGAUACGGAAUUUGAGCAGGCAAAGACUGCUGUGGAGUCAGAUGUGGACUUCUGGGAUAAACUCCAGGCAGAAUGGGAGGAGAUGGCCAAGAGAGAUGCAGAGGCUCACCCUUGGCUCUCUGAUUAUGAAGACCUCAGCUCCUCAUCAUAUGACAAGGGUUACCAGUUUGAGGAAGAUAACCCCAUGAGAGAUCACCCAGAUGCAUUUGAAGAGGGGCGGAAGCGCUUGGAGGAAGGUGACCUCCCCAAUGCUGUCUUGCUCUUUGAGGCUGCAGUGCAACAGAGGCCAGAUCAUAUGGAGGCCUGGCAAUAUCUGGGAACCACCCAAGCAGAGAAUGAACAGGAGCUUUUGGCCAUCAGUGCCCUCAGACAGUGCUUGGAACUGCAGCCUGGGAACCUCACAGCACUUAUGGCUUUAGCUGUCAGCUUCACCAACGAGUCCUUGCAGAAGCAGGCGUGUGAGACUUUGCGGGACUGGCUACGCCAUAAACCAGACUAUGCUCACCUGCUGGAGAAGGAACCAGAGGAGGGUGUCUCGGGGACAAACCUGGGGCCUUCCAAACGUGUCCUAGGUUCCCUGCUGUCUGACUCGCUCUUCAUGGAGGUGAAAGAGCUGUUCUUAGCAGCUGUGCGCAGCAACCCUUCCACUGUGGAUCCUGAUGUUCAGUGUGGCCUGGGUGUCCUUUUCAACCUCAGUGGCGAGUACGAGAAGGCUGUGGAUUGCUUCAGCGCCGCACUCAGUGUGCGCCCCAACGACCAUCUUCUAUGGAACAAACUUGGUGCCACCCUGGCCAAUGGGAAUCGGAGUGAGGAGGCUGUGGCGGCGUAUCGUCGGGCACUGGAGCUCCAGCCAGGAUACAUCCGCUCUCGCUACAACUUGGGCAUCAGUUGCAUCAACUUAGGUGCCCACCGCGAGGCUGUGGAGCACUUCUUAGAAGCUUUGCACAUGCAGCAGAAGAGCCGAGGUCCGCGGGGGCAGCAAGGUGCCAUGUCUGACAACAUCUGGAGCACCCUCCGCAUGGCCCUCUCCAUGCUGGGGCAGAGUGACCUCUACGGGGCGGCUGAUGCCCGCGACCUUCCCACGCUGCUUCAGGCGUUCGGCCUCCAGCAGUGACUCUGGGAUGGGCUCCCCUGUGAGUGCGGGGUUGGCCCAGCUCAGCAGUGACCUUCCUUAGAGAGAAAACGUUCACUAGGGUUCACGUGUUAUCUUUGCUCUGGUAGGGCAGAUCUUGGGCAACUGUUUUUUUUUUCAAGGACCUCCCACUGAAGCGCGCAACUUGUCUGUCGUGGCCUGAGCGUCUCUGAGCGGUUCAUGGUAUCACCACCCAUGACUGACUGACACUCUGCUGGUAGGCAGAUGACCAAAGUUGGGAAGAUGGCAACCACCAGCCCUCUUGCGUUUGCUCUGAGACCUUAAAAUAGCCAUUCUGCAGGGACCUCCCUACUGGAGGUGCAUCUCGAGCGCAGGUUGCUUUGGUGGGGUGGGAUUGCCAUCUGGUGAGAGGGUGACAAAUUCUGGGUUGGAGCAUGCUUCCCCCAUGGAUGUGCUUGCAUGCGUGUAUGUGUGGGUUGCUGGGGAAAACUGGGGGGAGCAGUCCCCUCUUCUUGGGUAUUCAUGGUACGGCCAGAUCCUAGUUUCUCAGCAUCUCCUCAUGAAGCUUUUAAGAGCAGAGUGUUGUACUGAUGCUGGGGACGCAGGUGGAGGCCCUUAGCCUGGCAGGGUUAGAGGAGAUCCCAGAGUUCAGACUUGAGGGAACGUGACAGGGAUAAAGGUCUAAAAUACAACUUCCCCUCCCAGAAUAUGGUGGGGAAAAGGGUCAAGUCUUAAUUUUCACUUGAUCAUCUGUCAUUGUUUCCCUUUGUGCAGGAGUUCCCCGUCUUGUGUGUAACUGAAUCUUGUUAAUUAUAAAUAUCUGUAUAUGAUUCUAUUGGGGAAAAUGUUUUUUAAUUGUAAAGUAUUUUGUAUAAUAAAGGAGGGAGAAUUAAAAUUGCCAAAAUAA